CCCACCCAUCCACCUUGGGCGGGCGCCGCGCCGUCGAGGGCCAUCCAGAGCUCGCCAUGGCGGCCGUCCGGUCCAACAGGGCCCACGCCCACCAGCACUGCCGCUCCGAGGCGUCGUGCCCGACGACCUCCGUGGCCGUGGCGGCGGCGAGGGCCGGCGACGCCCCACGCCACCGUUCGCAGGCUCCGGUGCAGGUCUCGAAAGGGCAUCACCAGAUGCGGCGGUCAGCGGCGUUCCCACCGCGCCGCCCGGGGCCAGGGCGUCGCCCUCCUCAGCGUUGUGACAGCGACAUCAACAUCCGGCAGCACCGCACCUGCAGCGAGGUGGCCGGCGGCACCGCGGCGGGCUGUGCGGCCGUGUGCUGCUGCUUCCCCUGUGUCAUGGUGGAGGUCGUGGUGCUCGCCACGGUGCGCGCGCCCGCAGCGCUGUGCCGCAAGGCGGCCCGCGUGAGCAAGGGCGGGCGGCGGCGCUCCGCCUCCGUGGGGCAGGCCACGGAGAUCUACGAGCUCCCGGUGGACAACGCCGGCGUCGUCGUCAAGGUGGACGCCAGCGCCGUCGAGGCGGUGGCGCUGCCGGUGAAGCCCGCCUUGCAGCUGGAGGAGACGGGGGAGCUUGAGAAGGAGGUGUGGGCCAGGUUCUACGGCACGGGCUUCUGGAGGAGCGUGUCUCAGCUCGACGACGACGACAGGUGACCGGAACAAUCAGGCCCGUGAGUGAGCGAGCGAUCGACCAGCUCCUCCGGCGAUGCUUAAGCAAUAGCAUGCGUUUCCUUGGUUGGGUUUCCUUCGUUGUUUUCCGCGGAAAUAAGAGAAGAUCGAGGAAAAGGAAAUGUGAUGCAUGGUCGUCGAUCGACUAUACGAGUUUCUUUUGUUUUGCUUUUUGGAAGGGAAAACCAUUCUCUUCUACGAUGCCCUGCAUGUUUAAUAAAAUGUAUGUCUAUUGAAC